AUGGCUGGGAAUUCAAUCUUCUAUUUUGUCCUUGUCUCCCUCGUUUGGACCUCUGGUGCAAGGGAGCUAAAGGACGCCACGGCCGUUAAGGACCAGAAGUGGUUCGGCCAUCAUCUGGGAGGGCUUAUCGGAGGUGGUCUGGGAGGGGGCAUUGGAGGGAGCAUCGGAGGUGGGUUUGGCGUUGGAGGAGCUGGCGUUGGUGGUGGAUUUGAAAAGGGAUUCGGGGGAGGUCUUGGUGGAGGCUUUGGACAAGGAGUUGGUUUUGGAGCAACUGGGGGAGGCCUAGGUGGAGGCUUUGGAGGAGCAGUCGGGGGAGGUCUGGGUGGAGGCUUUGGAGGAGCAGCCGGGGGAGGUCUGGGUGGAGGCUUUGGAGGAGCGGCGGGGGGAGGUCUGGGUGGAGGCUUUUCAGGAGGAGGCGUAAUAGGCGGUGGCUUUGGCGCUGGUAGUGGCGUCGGAGGCGGUGUUGGCUUCAAGAAAGCUUUCGUCGCUACAACGAAACCUUGA